UGCAGUGAUUGCCACAUCCACUUGGUUGGGAAACAGCGAGUAUAGCAACUCUACAAGACCUGAGGCUAUAGACCAGCCCAACCUACCCGCUAUAAAAAGGAGCUUACAGUCAGGCUUGUAUGUUCCUUGUCAAUUCUGUUUUGGGCAGAGCUGGUGAACAAACCCUUGUGCACCAUGCUGACUGAACUGGAGAAAGCCCUCGACACUAUUAUUGAUAUCUACCACAAGUACUCCCUGAUAAAAGGGAAUCCCCAUGCCCUCUACAAGGAUGACCUGAAGAAACUGCUAACUAAUGAGUGUCCUCAGUACACAAAGAAAAGGAAUGCAGAUGCCUGGUUCAGACAGUUGGAUAUCAAUGAAGAUGGUGCAGUUAACUUUCAGGAGUUCCUUGUUUUUGUGGUAAAAGUGGCCCUGAAAGCCCAUGAAGAGAGCCACAAACACUAGUAGAGCUCCUGGGCCCAUGCAAUUGUUCCUGCAAAAUAAUAAAAUUAUCAAUACCUCAA